AAAUUAUCGGAUGUGUUCAAGACCACCAAGAGUUCUCGGGAUAUCGCAACCUGUUCAUUUCCAAACAUUCUUUCUUGAUUUUGUGUUUCGGAUGCAUAUUUAACACGUUUACAAAGUGGGCCGUGGAAAAUAGUGACGUUGAAUCGAACAUGGCGAAAGAUGUUUCGUUGUUUUCGCCCGUUGUUACAUCAAACUUGUGGAAAUUAUCGAAUUUUUCAGCUAAAUUUAAUUUACUUUGUAUUUAUUUUGAAAAACACAACAAGGGUUCUACAGCACUGCCCUUUCCAGCAAUACUUUACUUGCUUGGAACAGGCUAAUGGAAGAAACUCUUUGUCUGGAUAAAAUAUACAUAUUUUUCUAAACUGAAUUAGUAGGAUUGAUGAAUAUUCACUUCAGAAUGUUUUUUUACUAUUUGUGUUUGAGAGUAGCGGAGAGUGGUAGCGAUGGAACAGAUAGCGACCACUGCUGAUGGUCAAGUGGUCAUGGGUGUGAGUCCGCAACAAGUGCAGGUGAUGCAAAUGAACACUGGUCAGGUGAUUCAGGGAGCCAACGGGCAACAAAUAAUGGUUCACACUGUGCCGUCGGGUGGACAGAUUCAAGUAGCGGCUACCCAUGGUACGCAGGGAUUACAACAAAUCCAGGUGGUUCCUGUGAGUAGUCUUCAACAGGGACAAGUAUUAGUCCAGCAAGCUCAACAGCCCCAAAUUGUUCAAACAAUGGAUGGCCAAACGUUUAUAUAUCAACCCAGUGCUGUUAUUGAAGGCAGCAAUUUGCAACAAGCUCCAACAGUAUUAAAUAUCAACGGUAACCUAGUUCAAAUAGCCAACGCACCCCAGCCUACGACGACCCAGACGGUGGCCCAGCCUACCGUGACGUCACCUACCGCGCCCACAGUAGUCCAACAGGCGCCCAACGGACAACUGGCUAUGGCUAAUGGGAAUUUAGUCAUGGUGAGGACCAAUCCGGACAUGGUGCCAGCAUCUAGUUCAACACAGUUCCAAAGAGUUCCAAUACCGGGUCAAGAAUUUCUUGAAGAAGAACCAUUGUAUGUCAACGCCAAACAGUACAGAAGAAUUUUGAAGAGACGGCAAGCUCGGGCGAAGUUAGAAGCUGAAGGGAAAAUACCAAAAGAAAGACCUAAAUAUCUUCACGAAUCUAGACAUCGACACGCCAUGAACAGAAUUAGAGGUGAAGGAGGCAGAUUCCACUCUGGAUCGGUUAAAAAAAGAAAAGAGGAAAUGGAAAGACAGGCUCAGCAAGCAGCUCAGCAUCAGCAACAUGUUGAAGCCGUUCAACAUCAACAGAUGAGCCACCAGGUGCAGCAACAGGAAAUGCAAAGGAUAAACGUGUAUUCGACGAGCAUUCAAAUGAACAACCCCAUUAUUUUAGAGAACUUACCUGAUAUGAUAAAACCGGAUCCGUUAACGCUGGACAUGAAGAAAGAGAUUUCUUUUUAAAUACAUCAUAGUUCUAUACAGUUUUUUUUGUUAACUUAUUUUGUAAUAUUUUUGUAUAGAGAAACCCUUACAUAAGGGAAAUUUAUUAUGUAGAGGUUAUGUUUUAACUUUAUUAUUUAUAUUUAAUUUAGUCUAUCGAUUUUGGUACCUACAUAUAUUUACUUAAUUCGUUACGCACUAGGCGUGUGUACGAUACACGAUACGGGGUGUUAAUAUACAGGGUGGUCCGAAAUGUAAUCGGGAACUUCGACAACGUAUUCUGUAGAUCAAAAUAAGUAAAACAGUUUGUAUAAAAGCAUAUCGUAAAAUGCUUUGGAGAUACAGGGAGUAGAAAUUUCAAUUUUUAUUUCGAAUUUUUUUAAAUAAUUUCGUUUUUUAUAAAUGUUUUUUUAACUAACAUCUAUUAGUACGAGAGCUAGCAAUGUCGGAAAAACAAGUAUUUUAAGACGUCUGGCUCUUUGAUAUAUCUUUUACUAUGCUUUCUAGAACAGCAUGCGGCUCGUGUGGCUGCCGGUAAAUGUUGCGUUCCCUACUGCGCAUUGAAAGAAGAUCCUAUAUUUUUAUUAGUCCUUUAAAUUCUAGUAUUUCGCAGUUAUAAAUCGCAAAUAGCAAAUAAAUAUUUUUUUUUAAAUUACUAGAAUUAUUUAAUACUUUACUAUAAGAAUAUAAACGAAAAUAAAAUAAAAAAGUUAUUACUCUUCAACUCAUUAAUCAAAUUUCUCAUGGUAAAAAAUACCCAGACCCCAAUAUUCAUCCAACUAUCCACUGUAGAUCAGAAAUUAUUUGGAAAAAUUUGAAAUAAAAAUUACUUCACUAACUUCUACACCCUCUAAUAAAAUAUUUAUACGAACUUGUUUUUCUCAUUUUUAUCUGCAGAAUAUGAUUUUUUAUGAUAUGAAAUUUCCCGAAUACAAUUUGGAUCACCCUGUAUACGGAUUUUUAAGGCCCUCUAUCUAGGGAGUAUGUUCAGAAAAUGUGUUAUUUUUUAUAAAUUAUUAUCAAUUGUAAAAUGUAGUAUGGGUAGUACGUGCAUGUUAUAUCAGUUUAGAAGUCUGAAAAGUAUAAAAUAAUAUUUAUUGUGUCAUAUAUUUUCUAUGAUAAUACUUCAGACUGGGUCACUCUUAUCGAAUUGUAGAAAUUUUCAUGGCUAUAUCCCUUUGUUUUGUACAGUACCUUAAUUUUUUGUGAUAAGAUUAUUUAGGUCGGGAACAUAUCCGUUUUUUUGGAAAAUGCUUGCUACUGUUUUUGUUGUAUAAUACAUAGUAAAGGAUAAUUUCUUCUAA